AUGAAGUUCUCCAUCUCCGCUGUUGUCCUGGCUCUUGCCGCCGUUGCCGUUGCCGCCCCCGGUGGUGAAUACAGAUCCCCCCAGGGUGACGGUGAAGUUGAGGUCAACCAGGUCACCAACCAGUGCGGAAAGGCUCAGAUCUCUUGCUGCAACAAGCAAAUCACCACUGUCAACGGUGGUGACAAGAACACUGGUCUUCUGGCCGGCGUUUUGGGCACUGUCGUUGGCAAGGGCAGUAAUAUUGGCAUUUUCGACCAAUGCUCAAAGCUCAGCGCCAGCGCUCUCAUCGGUGUCACCGACAUCCUCAGCGGCAACCAAUGCAAGCAGAACGUCGCCUGCUGCCAAGGCAACUCCCAACACGCUGAGGGCUUCAUUGCUCUUAACCUUCCUUGCAUCCCCAUUGCUGGCCUCUAA